AUGGAGUUCAAGGAUGUAGUGGAAAUGUUAAACUUCUACAAGAAAUAUGCUUAUGUCGUUGGUUUUCCAGUAAAGGAAAGAAAUUCGAAAAGUCGUGAAGGUGGAAGAAUUGGUAAUACUAGUGGUUGUUCAAAGUUGCAACCCAUUAUUCAGAUGGGUUGUAGAGCAAGGAUAACAGCAUCUUCUGAUAUAUUUGGAGUCUGGAGAAUUAACAAUGUCCACCUUGACCACAAUCACGAAAUAAGUCCUUCAAGGUUCAGGCUAUAUCAAUGCAACCGACAAUUGAAUGCCCAUGUGAAACGCAAACUUCAAGUUAAUGAUUUGACAGGAAUCUCAUUGCAUAAAAGUUACAAUUCUGCAAUUGUAGAAGCAGACGGUUAUGUUAAAAUGAGUUGCGUGGAAAAUGAUUGUAGAAAUUAUAUUGAACAAGUACGGCGAUUAAAACUUGGAGAAGAGGACGUUGUAGCAAUACAAUCCUACUUUUACAAAAUGCAAGCGCAGUGCCCAGGAUUUUACUUUAGCAUGGAUUUGGAUGAUGAAUCGUAG